AUGUCCAAGAAGAUUUGGGGUGAAGGAGUCAAUGAACUGGUGAAAAAGCCCAAGUCUGAUAGAAAAUCCGCUACCAAGACUCCAAAGGGGGAAGCUGCUAACAGGAGUGCCGGAAGACCCAAAGCCAAACCACUGUUGGAGCCAUCAGCACUGCUGGCGGAGUUGCCGGAGUCUGGAAAGCAUGAUGAUGAUGACUUGGAUGAGGACGACAUGAAGAAGGGACUGACUUUAAUUGGAGAAUUGAAAAGGAAGGAAUUAGAGGGAAAGUGGAAGAUCUUACGACAUUCUGAAAUGGAACUGUUUGUGAAUCGUUCUUGCGGAGCAGAUUAA